AUGGGAGAGUCUUUCGAAGAGGUCGUCCCGGAAGGUUCAGGCCCUGGGGAUCCCAUAGCUAGAAAGCUAUCAGAUGAAAUCGUUCCACAAGACCGAGAGCAAGUUCAAUGUUCCCUGGAAGUCAAGUCUUCUACUGCCAAUGCUGAUGCUCCUCCUUCUGCUGGUCCUUCCGAUGCUUCUGCUAAUGGAUCUGAGACGGCGAGACCCUCAUAUAUUGGCAAAGUAGUCCAUCUCCUCACCAAUGGACCCUUGUGCUCGUCUUCAGACAGUGGAUCGAGGGAUGCAAAUACCAUCUAUUUCGUUGAUAAAUGGUUUGAUGUUAAUUUAUGUUCCCCCGACACGGUCAAAACGAGAAUCCCAGUGAUGAACGAUGAGACCUCAAGGCUAUAUGGAUUGGCCGGCUUGAAUACAAUCACCAGAAUCAGAAAGGACGCUACCCAAGAUGAAGUGGAUGACUUGCAAUCCCGAAUGCAAGAGAAACUGUUGACAGCGUGUCACACUCUAAAUGAUGAUCCAUCAACGAGCUUUUGGCAUGGUAUAUGGUCACCUCACUCCAGUAGAACGUUCAGCAGAGCCAUACAACCCGAGACUGACCGUUAUGGAAGUAUGAUCGAACCCCAAGAUUAUCAUAAUCCCCAAUUGAUGACAUCUGCUUCCAAUUCGACCAAAGAGCAAGCUCCCUCGACACCUGAAACAACCCAUGAUCAAGGGAGAACAGAUGAAGAAGCUACUGCGCCUGGGCCGGUUCCUGCCUCUUCAGCUGAGGAGAAGGGAAGAUCGACUGCAAGAAGGGUUUUAACCCUCUUUGAUUCAACAUAA